UUGCUAGAUUUUUUUUUUUUGUCGGAACGUUAGCUAGAUUGAUUUCCUCUCCAGCGAAGAAAGACCGUACACUGAAUUAGGAGAUCUGGUCUCCUUUGCUCUGAUCUGUUACCCCUAAGUUUUCUCAUUAUUUUGGUCUGACAAUCAUGCCUCUCUUCUACUUCAAUCGUCGUAAUUCCGAUGGUGAAAGUUCUAAUUCGUUUUAUGGUCAGACGCCCACAGGAAAAGCUUUCUCUGAUGCUCCUAUUCAACAAGAGGAAGGUGAGGCUUCUUCUUUAGCUGCUUACAAAUCUAAUUAUGAAAAGCUUCCUCUUCAUCUCAAAUCCUGCUUAGAUUAUAUCUAUAUUCUUUCCCGAAAUUGUUAUUGGGAGAAAGGAAAUAUAGUUCGGUUGUUGUUAGCUCAAGGUUUAAUACCUGAAGAACCAGGGGAGCUUAUGGAAGAUACAGCAUCAAAUAUUAUUAUGGAAUUAAUUGGUCUUGGGAUGUUACAAGAACAUUGUUUGUUUUGGAGCAUAGUGAAAGUCCCUGAAUUCUAUGGAAAAUCAUGCGUUAUUGAAGUUGAGGAGCAUGAUUUUGUUGCUAAAGUUGCGACUUUGCCUAUCCAUGCAUUGAUUUACAAUGAUGAAAAAGACAUUCUUCCUAACUUCAAAACGCUCCCAAUUCGAUCCUUGUUUGAUAGGAGUUUCAGAGCAUUUUCUCAGGUGUAUUUGCAAACUGUUUGUGCGUUGCAGUUCAUGUUGGUGUUGGAUUUGUUUGGAAACAUAGACAACUUACCUGAUGAAGUGGGAAAUCUGGUUCACUUCAGGUAUUUAGGUUUGAGUUCCACAAAUAUAAAGAAGCUUCCGAAUACAAUAGGUAAUCUUCAGAAACUGCAAACUUUGGAGCUAGAAUCUACAAAUCUACACCAACUGCCUAAAGAAAUUCUGAAUAUUACACAGUUGAGGCACCUUCUUUUGAAUCCUUAUGGUGGAAUUAGAGUUCCAAGAGGGAUUGGAACGUUGGUAAAUCUUCACACAUGUGCUGGUGUCUAUGCUAAUGCUACCUUUGCUAGUGAAUUAAGUACUUUAACCCAUCUACAAAACCUUGAUGUUCGAAAUGUGUCUGAGGAUCAUGCCAGUGAGCUAUUUGCAGCCAUUUUCAAACUAGAAAACCUUGUCUCCCUCUCACUAAAUGCAGAAAAUACCUACCUUGGCACACCAUUGCCUGAAUUGGAAUCAUUUUCUCCUCCGCCUCAUCUUCAAGAGCUUUGUUUACGUGGUGGCCUAUUUGAAAUGCCUAAUUGGCUUGCUUCCAUUGAAAACCUUACCAAUCUGGAAUUAAGAGAUUCUAAUCUCUUGGAGAAUCCAUCUUCAGUUCUUCAGUUUCUUCCCAAAUUAAAACAUCUCAUUUUAGUUGAAGCAUACAAGGCAAAGAUCAUUGGUAAAGAGUUUUGCGAGGCAGGUGGAUAUCCGCAACUAGAAACAUUGACAAUUUCUUCAGAGGAUCUGGUGGAGUGGAUUGAGAUUGUAAAUGGGGCUUUUCCAAGUUUGAGGAUGCUUGCGUUAUCAUCUUGUCAAAAUUUGAGGUUUCUUCCUGAAGGUUUGCAACACAUCUCUACUAUUCAAAAGCUUUUUUUAGGGCAUUUCCACGGGGACCUAGCAAGAAGAUUGAGAGGCAAAGAAAAUUACAAGAUCAAGCAUAUUUCAAAUUUGAUUAUCACUGAAUAAAGGUAGCUAUUAUUUGAUUCUCAAAUGCCUCCUAUCACUACAUUGAGGUAAAAAUAAGAAAAAGAAAACCCUUUUAAUGAUUCAAGAUGAUAGAAGUUACUAGAAUUUGAUCUUUGCUUGUAAACCUUGAAACGGGGGUGGUUUCUUGUCUUGGUGAUUUUUGUUUUUAAUAAUAUGAGUGUUGUUAGCAUAUAUUCGUCUAUGUUAUUUGCUAGAUUAUGAGGUUAUCUAAACCUGUUUGUUUGCUAUCAAUAUCUUGCUUUUUCUCUGUAUUUUUCAUGAAAAUUAUGAAUGAAAUCUCCUCUUUUAAUGGCA